GUCCGACUCCAACCCACUUCUUUCCACUUCCACAAUCUCUCUCUAACAAAUCAUCAGAAAAAGAGAGAGAGAGAGAGAGAGAGCCACCCAAUCUCCACCAAUGGCCGCCCUCCAACACACCAUAAUCUCUCUCCAAUCCAAAACCCCAUCCCCACCACUCUCCUCCGCCCUCACCCCGCGGACCACCACUCUCUCCUUCUCCUUCUCCUCCACCUUCUCCCCCCUCCACCUCAAACUCUCCUCCUCAGCCCUCACCGCCCGCCGCAACGGCUCCGGAUCCCUCGGCGCCCGCAUGAACGCCUCUGCCGCCGCCAGCUACGCCUCCGCGCUAGCCGACGUGGCGAACUCGAACAACACCCUCGAAGCCACCAGCGGCGACGUGGAAAAGAUCGAGAAGUUCUUCGGCGAGCCGUCGGUGUUCGACUUCUUCAUCAACCCCACAAUCGGCCUGGAGAAGAAGCGGCAGGUGCUGGACGACAUCGCCAAGUCGUCGGCGCUGCAGCCGCACACGAUCAACUUCCUCAACAUCCUGGUGGACGCGAAGCGGAUCGACCUGAUAAAGGACAUCGUGAAGGAGUUCGAGGUGGUGUACAACAAGAUAACGGACACGGAGCUGGCGAUCGUGAGCUCGGUGGUGAAGCUGGAGUCGCAGCACUUGGCGCAGAUAGCGAAGCAGGUGCAGAAGCUGACGGGGGCGCAGAACGUGAGGAUCAAGACGGAGAUUGAUCCGAGCCUGGUGGCGGGGUUCACGGUGAGGUACGGGCAGUCGGGGUCGAAGCUUAUUGACUUGAGCGUGAAGAAGCAGCUGGAGGAGAUUGCGGCGGAGCUUGAUUUGGGUGACAUUAAGCUCAAUUUAUAACUCCAAAUUUGCUCUUGAUUUUGAUUAUGGUUUAACCACUGUAAUGUGUAAAACCGUACGUUUGAGUAUAUAUAUGUAUGUAUGGGGAGUUUUUACGUGAAUUUGAGGCAAUUUUGAAGGCCUUUUUGCUGCCACGUCAUUUUUGAAA